AUGACGAUGUUUUUUCAGCGGGAUUUUAAACGUUUUAUAACGAAGGAUAUCACUUAGUGUUAGCGAAUAAUUAAUCCGCUAUUAGCCUGACAUGUUUUUAUUACGAUAGAAACGGGUCAAAGAGUGUCAUCAAUGCUUUCCGAAAUCCAUCAACCUGUAUAUAUACUAUGUUUGGUUCGGUGUCAGACUGGUGCAUAGUGUCUGUGUCUGCUUCUAAUGUAUCUGGUUUUCUUGCUGUUUUGAGGAAGUUAAAGCGUAACAGUAAAAUACGUUGUUAAAAACACCGACGAAGUAAGGAUCUACUGUAGAAAUUGCCAGUAUAAAAAUAGCCUAGCGGUUAGUACUGUACUUCAUGGCCUGCAAUUUAAGGCUUAAGGAGAUCUAUAAAAUCUGCGAAGGCUCUAUUUUAGGUUUCCAUGAAGUACUUGGGUACCCCAAGGCCACGGAGGAAAUGUUACUGAGAAAUUUAUUUGGCAGGCGUUUUCUUUGUUGUUCGUGCAGCAGUCGUUAUUCCAGCCUAAACGGGAAUCUCAUUCAACCAAACAGAAGGAAAAACAGACUUUGCUGGAUCGGAUAUAAAGCCAAUAAAAGGAAUCUAGAAAAAAGGAACUAGAGUGAGAAACAUCAGAAGAGAGCAGAUUAAAGAGCUAAAAUCUGUACAAGUUUGAAAUAUUGAUAAUGUCCGCAGUAAAAGAAAAUCUUCGUUCGACGAUUCAAACUAGAAGAGUAACUAAAGGACUUCAAGAAAUAAACUUAGAAAGAGGAGAAAAACAACUUGUAGAAAAGCUCUCCGAGUACGACGAAGAACGACGAAGAAUUCGGAGAGAAAGAAACAAAGAGGCUGCGAACAGAUGUAGAAAAAAAAGGCGGGAAAAAAUUGAGGUCCUUGAGAAGAUUGCUUCUGAACUUCAACAAUCAAACAAGAGCCUUGAAAACGAUAUUGCAGAAAUGAGAAAGGAAGUUAAGGAGCUCGAAGGUUUUUUGGAAAAUCACCAAUGCAACAUAGCGGCAACUUGAUUCAUAAAACGCAUUGGCCAUUUCAAAACCACGCGUCCCCACUAUGACCAUACAUCCUAUAAAAUAUUCGACAUUUGUGAAAGCUUGUAAGUCUCUGAUUCUUUCCAUUGAGUCGUGUUUAAAUUUGCCAGACUUACUAAUAUGCUAGAGUUCUCAAAUGACAAAAUAUUUCUGCUAAUUACAUUAGAAAUGAAAACUCGCCCCAGUCCCUUGCUCGUUUUGUAUCUGGCCAAUCCAACAUUUACUACUUGUAUGAGCUAUAUUUAUACUGUGAUGUCAAUAUGUAAAGUUUAGAGUAUGUAUAUUACCUAUUUCUAUACGAUUUUAAUCUAUUUAAGAUUUAUUGGCGCCGAAAGAGUAUUUAGUUUGAUGCUAAAAACUUCUUUAUGGCCCAAUAAUAGAGCUGUGAGGCACUCCUGUUCAUGUACAUUUCUAUUUAUUUUGUUCUUUAUACUAAACUGUUGAUAUUUGAAACUGUUGAGUUUUGCUGAUAUUGUCCUACUAUAAUGCUUGAGCUAAGAAGGGCAGGAACUGAAUUUAUGUAGUUAAAGGUAAGGGUCCCAAAAAGAACACUGAGGCACUCCAAAAGAUACGCGGGAAAAUUUUUUGCCUUCUAACUAUUACCGUCUUUAUUAAUGUAACUGUCUUCAGUGAACUUAAACUGUACGCUUAGUGACUAGAAUAAUACACUAUUAUUUGAAACUUGUACAAAAAUACAAAAAUUUCCUUCCAAAAGUUGUAAAGAGAAGUAAUAUUGAAAAUGAUGGUUACCGAGCUAUAAUAAAAUGUAAACCAACUUGUUAAAUUAUUCAUAGAUGUCACCAAAAAUUGUAAGGGUUAUUUCUUUAUUAUGAAUAAAAUCUGAAUAUCCUAAUAGCUGGCUAUAUUUUUAAAAA